AUGCAGCAGCUUCCGCCCGACGCAUAUGUCGCCAUGUCAUACGCCUGGGGUCCACCUGAGCCUACAAGAGAGAUCAUGGUAAACGGCAGGAUCGUUGUGGUGCGCGCGAACCUGGAAGCCGGCCUGCGAGAGUUCCGAAAGUUGGAUUAUUUCCGCUUAGGCGGCAAGAUCUGGGUCGACUCGUUGUGCAUCAACCAAGCGGACGACACCGAAAAGGGAAAGCAGAUCCCAAUGAUGGCUUCGAUUUACUGCAAUGCUGCAAACAUAAUCGUGUGGCUGGGCCCCGAGGAAUCUGGGAGCGAUCUCGCCAUCUCCUUCCUCGAACACAUCAGCGCUAGUUACCGGACCGAGUAUCUCGAAGCCCUGGAUAAAAGCGAUCCUCUGACAGCGACCACCUGGCGCACUGUGGCCCAGGUCAUCAUGGAGACAAACUACAAGAAAUUCAGAGAAGUCUUCUAUGACUCAGAUAUGGCCGUUGAUCUCUAUAAUUUCUUUGACCGGCCCUACUGGCGACGGUUGUGGAUCAUCCAGGAGGUUUGCAUGGGGCGGGCAGGCAUGCCCAUCGUCUGCGGCUCCCGAGUUACACAGUGGCGGUAUAUCCGGGAUGGGGCAUUGAUUUGCACUGCAGUUCUCGAUAUCUUGAGAGAGUUAACCGUGGAGAGCAUCAUGCGCCAGUGCCGGGCUGCCAUGGUCGGAGAACACUCGCUCCUCCACGUUGCACAGAUUGCACAGCUGGAGAUUAACGGUCAUCGGCUAGAGCUCCCCAAGCUGCCGCCCGACGUGGCCCCAAUCUUGGCUCCUACUAUGUACGAGCAUGGACCCCUACUGGGUCUCCCCAUCCGCCGCGCCAUCACGCUUGCGGCACAGUCCGCCUGCUGGAAACAGCACGACCGCAUAUACGGCAUGCUCAGCAUCCCCGGCCUGCCGGAUCUCGACAUCCAGGUCGACUACUCCAGGGAUGUUGUUGACGUGUUUACGGAGUUCACGGUGGCUUGCGUAAGACAUGGGAGCUUGGAUUUCUUUGCUAUCCUAGAUGGCGGGCACAUGUCACGUACCGACGAACAUGGCAACCCCCAGCCGAGAACCAAGCCGUCAUGGGUUCCGGACUAUGGGGCGAAGCCGGGGAGAAAGAUUGGGGUCAUUGAUGGGGAGUGGAAUGCAGGUGGUUACGUCCCAAUCAGUUGGGGUCAUCUCGAAGUCGUGGAUCAGACACUCGUCUGCACCGGCAAGGUGGUUGACAUGGUGGAUGGCGUGGGUGCUAUGUCCACAGCUGAUAUCGAGACGGGAUCGAUGAUCCUCGCGGACGAAGAUCCGUUUCCCAAGAUGAUACAACCUAGCGGGACAGGUGCUGCGCCAAAGGACGGGGGAGAGGCCGUGAUUUACGACGUUCUCGUGGCCGGAUGCGACAUCCACGCCUACCUAGUCGAUGAACCGCCGAAACACUCGACACUUUACCGGAACUGGCAUUUUCUAAAGUCCAGCGCGGACUAUUUGGUCAAUGGCUGCCCUCUAUCCUCGUACUUCACUCACCUUGCGAAGACGGCUGCAGCUCGCCAAGCGAUGGAGGCAAGGACCAAAAUGCGGAGACUCCUUACGACGACCUCAGGGUUGCUUGGCCUUGCUCCUCUCCAGUCACAGCCCGGGGACGCCGUGAUUGCCAUCGUCGGUCAUAGCAAGCCAGUCAUCGCGCGUAAGGUAGCAACAGUCGAGGGCCAAGAUAUUUGGUAUUUGAUUGGAGAGGCCUACAUCCACGGCAUGAUGCGCGCACAGAAACUCCCUAAGCGGGCCGUAUCUCGACCUCUUAUGGCCGCCCCGCACAAUGUAUGUCAGUCUUUGUAUUUAGUCUGGUGGUGA